GUCUCCUUCAUUGCGUCUUGUGUUUGUGUGUGAGACUGUACAAGAGCGAAGAUUUGAUUGAGAAAGAGAGAGAAUUAAAAAAAAAAACAAUGGUUGGUAUGGAUUGGUUCAAGUGUAUGAUGAUAAUGAUGAUGGUGUGGGUUCUCUCUUGUGAUGAAGCUGUUUCUGGAGCUAAGUUCGAGGAGCUUUACCGCUCAAGCUGGGCUAUGGAUCAUUGUGUCAACGAAGGCGAAGUCACCAAACUCAAGCUUGACAAUUACUCUGGAGCUGGGUUUGAAUCUAGAAGCAAAUACUUGUUUGGUAAAGUCUCUAUCCAGAUUAAGCUCGUCGAAGGUGACUCUGCUGGAACCGUCACUGCUUUCUACAUGUCUUCCGAUGGUCCGAACCACAACGAAUUCGACUUUGAGUUCUUGGGAAACACCACCGGUGAGCCUUAUAUAGUCCAGACCAAUGUCUAUGUGAAUGGAGUAGGAAACAGGGAACAAAGACUCGGUCUUUGGUUCGAUCCCACCACCGAGUUUCACACAUACUCAAUCCUCUGGAGCAAACGCAGUGUUGUAUUCAUGGUAGAUGAAACUCCAAUCAGAGUCCACAAGAAUCUUGAAGAUAAAGGUAUCCCCUUUGCUAAAGAUCAAGCAAUGGGAGUGUACAGCUCGAUUUGGAAUGCAGACGAUUGGGCUACUCAAGGAGGUCUUGUUAAAACUGACUGGAGUCACGCUCCAUUCGUUGCUUCUUACAAGGAAUUCCAAAUCGAUGCUUGUGAGAUUCCGACAACUUCUGAUCUAAGCAAGUGCAACGGAGACCAGAAGUUUUGGUGGGAUGAGCCAACUGUGUCUGAGCUAAGCCUUCAUCAGAAUCAUCAGCUUAUUUGGGUUCGAGCUAAUCAUAUGAUUUAUGAUUACUGCUUUGAUGCUACUAGGUUCCCUGUUACUCCUCUUGAGUGCCAACACCAUCGUCAUUUGUAGUUGUAGUCAAGAAAAUUGGAUCAAGAGAACUAUGUGGCUCUUUGAUGAUUCUGUUUUAUGUAUAAAUAAUCAAUUUUCUAUUGAUUUCGAAGGAUUUUUAAUU